AUGGGAAGAGAGAUUGCAAGUAGACAGUCACCAUAUCGUUUUUGGUGUCAACAACAAAUUGAUAAUCUGAAGAAAGAUUCCACGAAAAGAAAGCAAAUUCGAGGGAUACAACCUGCAGAUGCUUUGGUGGCAUUCAAACAAUACAUGCAUCGGUUGUUAAUGAGAAAAUCAAGCAGACAAUCUAAACGCCUUAGAUUUUCAAAUGAAUUACGAAUUCUUUUUGUGAAAAGAAAUGAGUUUACAGAAGAAUUUGCAUCAUUAUCAGAAGAACUUCCUCCUUUGCAAUUGCGAGAGCUUAUUUUAAAGGGUUGCAAAAAAUUGGAAUGGCUUCCAAGCUCAAUAAGACAUCUUCAGCAUCUGAAAAAGGUUGUCGCUGAAUUUCAUUGUAGCAGUUUGUCAGAAGUGUUCUGUGGCCUCCAAUCUCUGGAGUGUUUGCAAUUACAGUCUCCAGUACUAUCUUCGCUACCUGCUGGUUUUGGCAAUUUAACAACCUUAAGAAAUAUAAAUCUUGGGUAUUGCAAGCAGUUGAGUAUAUUGCCUGAAUCUUUGAGUCAUCUCAUACACCUGGAAGUUCUAAAUUUAUUAAGUUGUGAAAUGUUAUCUUCACUACCUGUUGGUUUUGGCAAUUUAUCAAACUUGAUGAAUAUAAAUCUUGCCUCUUGUAAAAAGUUGAAAUUGUUGCCCGAUUCUUUCAAUCAGUUGACAUACUUGAAAAUUUUAGAUUUAUCACAGUAUAAAACGCUAUCUUCACUACCUUCUAGUUUUGGCAAUUUAAUUAACUUGCGAGAUAUAAAUAUUGCCCAUUGCAAGGAGUUGGAGAUAUUGCCUGAUUCUUUCAAGCAUCUGAUACACCUUGAAAAAAUUGAGAUAGAAGAAUUCCCAAGCUUUGCAGAUUUGGCUUCCCUAAACAGGUUUGUAAUGUUGGAUUGCCCCAAAGUCGAGAAAUACAAGGCAAUUAUAAACUCUUUGGAGUUUCCUGAUCUUGCGGUCACUGAAGCGGAGAGACCAUCUGAUGUAGACGAGAUUCCAUAUGCGAGGGGUUCAGAGGCGAGGAUGAGGAUGUUGUGUUAUGUGGAGAAAGAGGAGGAAAAUGAGGAGGAGAGAAGAGUGAUAGAUAUAUGUUAUUUAGAAGGUGAAUUUGGCCCAUACUUUCCACAGACCAAAGCAAAGCUAGUGUGGGGCAAAAGAGGAAGAGUUGAGGAGGCCUUUUACCAAUUACUGCAACUUAUGGAGUAA